GCGAUCCAAACAGUGGUGAGUGAAGACGUGUGGUCCAGUAAAAAAAUAGCAUCCCCUCCUCGUGGUCCGAUCGAUCUCGUACAGAACGUGUUUGUAGUUGUAGUUCUGUGCCAGACGGUUUCUGGCGGCCUAAGACGCAGCAGGUUGUUUCGCAGAGCGCGCGCGCGUAAACAGAUCUAAGCACCUUGAAGCUGAUUUUCUUUCGAUACUCAAACGAGCGCAGACGGCACGACACAACACGCAGCGAGAGAAAAAGAGUCUGUGGCUGUUCAACUAGUUUGGCAAUUGCAAUUACACUUCGCUGUAGCAGUAGUAAGUGCUUUUAAGACGGCUGAGUCUGAGUGAUACAAUCCUCCAUACAUAGGUUGAAACAUAGUAAAAGUGGUCGUCGGCAUAGUGGGGCUUAGACCAAUAGUUGAAACAAAAUAGGGAACAAAGUGUUAGUUUGUUACACGCGAAGUUUGAAAGAAGUCGACGGGAACUGCAACAGGUGAACGUUAUCUGCUAUCACGAACGCUUGCUGGCUCAGUCCUCAUUAGUUUGGAGUGAGGAAAUCGGUAGUUAAUUAACACAUUUUGCGUUUUUGAGUAGCAGAAGCGCAGACAAUUUCGUUUAAUUAGUGCUCACAAGUCAAAGAUGGACGCUGACAACAACGAUGGAAAAGAUCGCAUUGGACCCAUGUUUCGGGGUCGACACGUGUUUAUCACUGGAGGAACUGGAUUCAUGGGAAAAGCGCUUAUCGAGAAGUUACUAAGAUGCACAGAAGUGGCCAAAAUAUAUCUUCUAGUCCGACCCAAAAAGGGCAAAUUUCCGAAACAACGUUUAGAAGAAAUGUUUGCUAAUCCAAUAUUUGGAAAGGUGAAAGAGCUCCGAGGUCUAGACACAUUGAUUGAUCAAUGCGUGGUGAUAGGGGGUGAUGUAAUGGAACUAGGUCUGGGCAUUCAGGAGCAGGAAAGACAACAGAUCAUCGACAAUGUGUCCAUCAUCUUUCACUGUGCCGCCACAAUCCGAUUUGACGAAGCGCUCAAAAAGGCAGUUAUUCUCAACACACGAGGCACAAAGCUGAUGAUCGAACUGGCGAAGCAGUGUAAAAAAUUGGAUAUGUUUGGUUAUGUUUCAACGUCGUACUGCCAUCUAAACGAAAAGCUGUUGCUUGAAAAGCCCUACCCUCCAGCGGCGGAUCCACACAAGGUUAUCAAAGCCAUUGAAUGGUUGGAAGAUAAUGUCGUUGAAGGGAUGACCCGAAAAAUUUUGGGAGAAUGCCCCAACACAUAUGCGUACACCAAAGGACUUGCUGAAGGUCUAGUGGUAGAAUCGAUGGCGGACAUUCCGGCGGUAAUCUUCCGGCCAUCAAUCGUCGUACCAACGUGGCGAGAGCCGCUCUCGGGCUGGACAGACAACAUCAACGGACCGGUGGGAAUGUUGAUUGGUGCCGGAAAAGGAGUUAUUCGUUCGAUGUACUGUAAUUCCGAUGGUUAUGGUGACUAUCUGCCGGUUGAUUUUGGUGUGAGCGCAAUUUUAGUAAGCACGUGGAACUACAUCGGACAAAAAGAUUACAAGCGAAACAUUUACAAUCUAGUAAGCUCCGCGGAAAUGAAAGUAUCAUGGGAAGGCGUCAUUGACCUUGGCAAGUCCAUUACGGCAAACAAGGUGCCGCUGAACGGCGUCUUCUGGUAUCCAGGUGGUACGAUGAAAAAAUAUCGUUGGCAGCACAACCUUUCCGCCCUCUUGUUCCACUGGAUUCCGGCGGUGCUAAUCGACUGCCUGCUUUACGUUCUCGGAUAUAAGCCAGUACUUUGUCGUGUGCACCGACGGAUCGCCAAGGGAUUCGAAGUGUUUGAAUACUACGCUAACAAUCAGUGGGACUUCGACAAUGCCAAUAUAAAUUAUUUGAGAACUCAAAUCAACGAGGAGGAAAAAGUUAAAUUCAAAAUUGACGCCGGAGGUGUUAUAAUUGAGGAAUAUUUUGAAAAUUGCAUCUGGGGUGCAAGGCGAUUUAUCCUCAAUGAAACAGAUGAUACAUUACCGGCCGCCAGAAGACACAUGAAAGUCAUGUGGUACGUGGACAAAUUCUGCAAAGCUAUAAUUGUGGGCGCUUUCUUCUACUAUGUCGGGCUCUGGAUGUUCAAGAAAGUUUUCUGACAAAACCCAACGAAACACACCAUUUCCAUAGAAUAAGUUUAUUUUUGUUUUUACAAUAGGUAUUACAUAACUUGGCGCAUAGUUGCAAGCAAUCAAUUUUUCAAUAGAUGUUCAUAUUACUACUCGACGACCUGCUACCCCUUUUGGUACAUGUUUUUUUUAAUGAUAAAAAGCAAUCGUUCAAAUAUAAACGUGCACGCAUAUUGAUUAGCUUA